CAAAUGAUAAAUAAAGAAAAGUUCUGGUGAAAUUUUUUGUCGUGUAUUCAAUUAAAUAUGUUAAAAAAGAUGCAACAAAAGUUUUACUUUAUAAAUUAGUAUCUUGAACGUUGUUAAUUGUUUUCUUAACUUUUUCUUUCAACUGUGCAAGCAAAAUGGAAUUUAAGCCAAUUGUUACGUAUUCGGGCGCUGGGCCACUUUUCCGUUCAUUGGAAGCGCAUAUUGUGGCUUCAAUACCAUUGGAUACGUGUGAAUGGAAACGUUCGUAUGGUCGUCCAGUGAAAGAUAUCCAAUUGGAAGCAUCAUUUCAUCCGCUCAACGUGAAAUUGUUGGAUAAAUAUAAGUCGGGCGAAUGGAGCAUUAUUGAGCAUCCCAUUUUGCAUUUGUACGUAACUGAAUGCAAUGACAUCGAUACAUAUAAAAGUAAUGUUAAAGAGGACAUUGACAGUUGGCUGAAAAUGCUCAACACAUACGGAAUUACCGAUUGGAUGAUACUUGUUGUGGAAACAUUCGAUAUAAAGAAAACGAAAAAUAUUUUGCCCCGAACAACGGUGCUCGACAAAAUUCGUACCGAUUUCGCAUCGAAGAAUGGCGAUCGAUGCAUCUCUAUAUUGAAUCCAAUGAAAUAUGAAAUGAAAGCAACCGAAUCCUAUCGCUGUUUUUUGCAACGCAUACGACAUUUAAUGCUGUGCGGUUAUAAUCGUACGAUAAACAAAUAUGAAGAAUUGAUUCGUGCCAAUCGCGAGACACGCAAUCAAGAGGGAUGGUGUUUCAUUAAGUAUUUUUUGCUACAAGAAGAAUUGGCAUUCGUGCUACAAAUGUUGGGCUUACAUUCGGAGGCGUUAAUUCAAUACGACGAAUUGGAUGCAAUGUUCUCGCAGUUCAUAUUGAAUUCAAUGUAUGGCGAAAAACCAAAAUGGUUGGAAGUUUUCCAACGACCAUUCAGUUCAUUCCAUGGCAUUAAAAUGAAUAAUUCGCAAUUGAAAGAAGUGCGACGUAAAAUUGAAGAGAAAUCAAUAACAUUGCUGGAAUUUCGAAGUUAUUUAUUUGAACGACAAGCAGUAAUUCUUAAAGCGGCCGAAAAAACAUCCGAAAUUGCCGAACGAUUGUUGCCAUUUCUAUUUUCAACACUUCGUGAACUUGACGCACUUAAAAUAGAAAUGAUUGAUGGUGCUUUGGCAUGUUGGGAAUUUAUUUCUGCACUCGAAGUGUUGGAUGCUUGUGAAAUGGCCAUCGAAUCAAAUAACACGACCAACAUUUUCAAGUAUACCGCACCAAUAUGGAAUUUGGCCAAGGAUAAAUUAUAUGAAUUGGGUAAAUUGUGUGGAUUAUUGCCAGGCUUUACACCCACUUCGGAGCAAUUGCAUAUUGUUGUUCAGCUAUCGGCUGGAAUGGGUGAUAAUUUUGAAGAAACCGACCGAGCUGUUCUUGAUAAUAAAGCCAGUGAAGCACUUUUGGAGCAACAGCGAUCUAUGUCGCCAGGCCGUAAACCCAAAAAAUCGGCCACCGAACGUCUCCGAGAGGCGCUCGGUUCAAAUCAAGCAUUCGAAAAAUUGUAUUUGGAAUUUAGUGAAUUAGCUAUCAGCACAUACAAACAUGUUUCAAGACUUCGUUCGGCUCGUUUGGUUGGCUUGGAUUUGGGUAACUUCUAUUGCAAUCUCUCUGAGCCCAACAAAGCAGUCACAUUUUUUACUGAUUUGAUGCGUGAGUUAAAGGCCGAAAAUUGGAACAAUUUGGCCAGUCAAACAUUGUUAGAGUUGGCAAAUUGUUAUCGAAAAAUGGACGAUAUGACUGCAUAUACGAAGAUUUGCGCUGCAAUUGCUUGUAGCAAGCAACUAGAGACUCUGGUUCGACGUCAUUAUUUCGAUGAAUUUGUCAAGUCAAUUAAUUCGGUGCGAAUCAAAUUGGAUAUUAUCGAUAUUGAAAGUCACCAAAACGAUUGCAUCACAGCAUUAGAAGAUCAUUUCGAAAUACAAGACAUUCGAGUAACACAAAAUGGACCAAUUAUUCAGGACGAUAUUAUAACAGUAAAACUAAAGGUGGUCAGUAACUUUCCGAAAGAUAUUCUAGUAAAUAACAUUUCUGUUUCAUUUGAGUCAAACUCAAAACAGAGUGAAAACAUCCUUGAUGAUUUUAUAAGCAGUUCAAAAAUGCCAGUUUCAUCUUUUCUUGAUUACAAACAAGAUACAACAAUUAAUUGUGCAUCGGUUGUGUGUGAACUGAAGAGCAAACAACCAGUUCGAAGAUCGAGCAGUACACGUGGAAAAUCCACACUGACAGUUCGAAACGAUUUCACGAAUCAAGUUCAAGCCGAAAAUGUCAAAUUGAAACCCGGCGAAAAUACAAUUGAAUUGAAUGCCAAAGCAACUCGGGUUGGAUUAUGGAAUUUCAAACAGGUAUCAAUCUGCAUUGAAAAAUUGGAUUUUGUGUCGGGUGCGUUGCCAUUCAAAUGCGAUCGAUUCGAAAUCCAAACGAAAGCAGCAUCGGCUGUGUUGAGCUUCAAAAAUUUAGUUGCUGGCAUCGAGCAGCACGUUGAUUUAAUUGUGUCAAGCGGAAGUUUUAUAUUUCCAAAAGAGGCAACAAUAACGUUGAAGUGUUCAAAAUACUUGAAAAUACGAGAGACUGCUAGUGAGGAUGAGUCGAUGUUGACCGAUCAAUGCAAAGAUUUCAAAUCGGAAACAACAAUACGGCUGUAUGAUGUAAAACCUUUCCAAGAGCGUAAAAUUCCAUUAUCAGUGAUAUGUGAUUUGCUUGGACAACGCGAUGAGAAAUUGAUCGAACAAAAAAUUACAUUACAAUGUCCAUGGUCACGAAAUGAAGUCAACAUACCAUUAUCAUUUAUGCCGGCCAUGGUUGCAUCGUGUCGAUUACAUUCAUCUGGUACUCGAAAGUUCUUGCAGGUUAUGAUUAAAGGAGUUGAAUCUCAACUAGAACUUACAAAUAUAUCAAUGACAUGUGAUUCAAAUGGUGUCACUUUACACGACAACAAUCCAAAAUCGGUCAAAUCGUAUCAAUGCCAAAAGAAUUUGAUUGUUUCAUUAUUGUGGGAAAUUGAAGUGGAACCAUUACAAGCCGAAUGUCAAUUGAAACUUAUCAAAGUCAAUUUUUCUCUCGAUUAUGCUCAAUUAAAUGACAACGGUGAAACAUCGAAAUUGAAAAAAAGAUAUCACUGCAAAUUUGAUGUGACCGAUUAUGCAACAUUGUUUCGAAUUGAAGCCCGAUUAGAACCAGGUGAAUUGUGUCGUGUGGGUUCCGUAUAUAAUUUGAAUUUGAAAAUUAUUAAAGUCCAUUCGAGCCCCUACGUUGACCUGAUGUAUGAAGUUGUUCCGGAUCAAAAUCUAUGGGCGGUUGUGGGACGGACGGCUGGUGUUAUUUCCAUGGCAGAGCGUGAUGCACAAUCUGUAAUGGUUGAAGUUUUACCGCUUUCAGCUGGAUUUUUACCUCUGCCAAAUAUAAGAUUGUCGAAAUAUAUUUCGGCUGAAAAGAAUGAAAUCCAUCCAAAACUACAGCCAUUCCCUCCCGGUCAAAUUUACAAUGCAACAAAAAGCCUUCAAAUUCAUGUUUUGGCCACCGCAAACAAUGGCAAUUCGAAUGAAUAAAAUACAUUUAUUUAUAAAAUUAACUUUAAUCAUAUGAACAAAAU